UUCGAGUCUGUUUUGUUUGGGCCUCUAUGCCAAGCGAAUAUAUUACCACACAUCAGUUUCUAUUUAUGUCAAGUCCAGCGCGGUUGUUUUGCACCAGAACUUAAAAUUGCUUUAGUUUACGAAUACUAAAUAAAAAAUAUAUAUUAAAUAAUAAAUAUUGUGCAAAAAAAAAACUAAAAACAGAAUACAAAAACAAACCUCUAGCGAAAGGAAUUUAAAUUGUGAAAUUAAAAACAAAAAUAAUAAAAUUUAAAAAAAAUGCAUUUGAAUAACAUCACUAAGGGAAUUUUGCCGUUAAUAUUUAUUGUUGGAUUAUUUAAAAUAACAGGAAUUGAAGCUGAUGGAAAUCAAAAGGGAUCUGGUGAUAGCAAACAAGCAUUUGAUGCAUACGAUUAUAGUGAUGAAAGUGAAACAUCCAAUGGUGAAAUACCAACACCCAAGUCUACAAUUACACCCUAUUUUGAGAAUAGUCUAAUCACUGUUUAUGCAACAAAAGAUGUUGAAAAUGUCACCUUAGAAUGUUUACCUAAAAAUUUUAAAGAUUCUGUUCAUCAAAUCUUAUGGUAUAAUGAAGAACAUCCCAUAACAAAUGGCAACACCUCAUUGGCGGUUGAUAAAUAUUCAGUCGAUAACAAAUAUCGUCUGACUAUACUCAAUUAUAAGAAAGACACCGCUGGAAAUUUCUCAUGUGCUGUUUUACCCACUGAAGCCCGCCAAUAUGUACAAAUUGAAUUUGGUGCUCCUCCAGAAAAUAUUAAAGAUCAGAAUGGUGCUUCCAACACACUUAUUAUUGAAAUGGGAUUAAUGCUUACAUCUUUAGUCGCAAUAGUUUCAGUAAAUUAUUUCAAAUUUUAAAUUAGUAACAUAUAGUACUUAGAACAAAUAGAAACAGAAAAAAAUGAAUGAUAAAUGAAAAUUGCGCGCAUUAAUGAGGCUGAAACUUUUCUAAUUUCAAAUAAUGCAAAUGUAUGUACUUAUAUAAUGCCUGGAUUAUAGAAAAAAUAUUGAAAAAAAAAAACAAGAAAUCAAAAGCUUCGCUCCAUUAUUAAAAACAAUAGCAAACCAAAAAAAAGUCCUUUUAAAUGCGAUAAUCUAGAUCAAACUAAUAAAAAAUAAAAUAUUUUUAGACAUUUUCAAUAAUAUUUUUAACAGUGAAUACAAAUAUGUAUUUACAUACAUAUUUUGUUAUGAAUGUAAUGCUUACCAUGGAAUAUAUGUAUAAACGAAAGUGUUAUCUGUUAAAAUACUUAUAAAGCAUAAUAACUUUGGUAAACAUUCAUGCAUAAUUACAAUUUCGCACAUAAAUUAUUUGCAUUUACUCAACAAAAAUGUUUGUUUAUGUCUGGCGAAACAUUAAAAUCUUCCCCCUCAAGAUCAUAAUAAAUUUUUGUAUUGAAUGACUUUUUAUAGAAAGCUAGCAUUAUGAUCAGGUUAUUGAAGAAAAAUUACAUACAUACGUAUACUUAUAUAAACUUAUCAGUGUUGCUAGUUUAGAUAUUUUGUUAUUCGAACUCGCAUUUCUAAAUAAAUUUAUAACAAAAUGCAAAAAAAAAAAAACAAAUUCUCCAUAGCUUAAGUGGCGUUCGAUAUUUUGUUAAUCGAACUUGCAUUUCUAAAUAAAUUUAUAACAAAAUGCAGAAAAAACAAAUUCUCCAUAGCUUAAGUGGCAUUCGGAAUGAAAAAUUACAUUUUAACACUGAUAACUUACAUAUGUAUGUAAUAAAUUUCUUAUGUAUUUAUUGUGUAUAAGUAUAUUUACUAGUUUUUUUACUACUACUACUUAUUAUUAAAUGUAUAUUUUUAUGUAAAUUUAAUUAGAAAAUAUUAUAAAUAGAUUCUUUUGUUUUUGCAAAUUGUUUUGUAUUCCAUUACAUUGCAAAUUGUAUGCCAAAGAUGAUUUCGAGUGCCUCCAUAUGUAUUUUUAUUAACAAUUGUUUAAUUAAUUAAUUAAUUAUUAUUUUUUUAUAUAUAUUUUUAAAAUAUGUUUGUAUGUAUUUAUGUAUCAUAUCUAAGUUAAAUAAGUUACAUUUUUAUGUACCCUACAACACUACCAUACAUGCUAAUGCUCCUUUUUGCGCUAAUAUCUAUCAUUGCUUGUUUUAAAAUCAUGCAGGCAAAGUGAAUACGAUUAAACGCUUUAAUCGACUUGAAUAUUUAGUAUUAGUUGUAUGGUAUUAUUUAGUCUGGUCUGACCGACUGACUGUAUGCUCGCUUAUAAAUAAAUUUCAAAAAAAGAAACGUAUAUUAAUUUGAAAUAAAAAACGAAAAACAAAUAGUUUAAAAUGUGAAAUUUUAGAAAAUUAAAAAGCAAAUACAAAACAAAAAAAGAACAAAGUGCAAAUCACCCCAGUGUUAUUUUAGUGCCUGCAUUUCAGCGUUAUGUUUGAAUAAUUAUUAUUAUUGUACCUUAACAAAAUAAAUAUAAAGAAAAUACAUACUACUUACUACAUAUACAUAUACAAAAAGAAAUAUAAGAAUAUAUGGUUUAAGGUCACGAAUAAAUGAAUGUAUGUAUGUAUUAAAAUGUAAUAAUAUAUGUACAUUAAGUAUGUGUUUGUUUGUACAAGAAGUAUAUUUACAUAUGUAUGUAUGUUUGAAAUUAAAUACCAAUUUUAAAUCUUUGUUGUAUAGUUAUCUUCCGUAAGACUACAAAAUAUAUUAAAUUAGAUGAUUCUCCAAAGAUUGAAAACCCCCAAACACACAAUUUAUUAAAAUGAAUAAAGUUUAAAAACUAAUAUACGAGUA